CAUUUUGCGGCAGUGCAAUGGUGUUUUGUGAAAUUUUAAAAACAAUUUAACAAUUAAAUGAAUGAUUCUCUAUGAAAUUGAUUUAAACAUUUAACAACAAACAGAUACACAAAUAAAUAAAUAAUGCCAAAUAACUCUGCAAGUAAAAAACGAUCAUCUUCCAUUGACUCGACCCAAAAAUGCACACCCAAAGGAAGAAAAAGAAAAAGAUCCAUAUCCACCGAUGAGGAUGAGGACGAGGAAAAGUUAGAUGAGAGUGCAACUGCAAUUGAAAAGAAACUUCGAAGUGUUGCAAAAAUGAACAAUCUAUCGUCGGUCGAAAUGAAGAAACUUAUAAAGAAAUUAGUAGCCAAUGACCAUGUUCUCGCAUUUAUAACACUCAAAGCCGAAGACGAGUUAGCACGAGAGAAAGAAGAAGCUGAGAAAAUCCAGGCGGCUGCAGUUUUGGUUAAUGAUAUUGAUCCAUCUAUUCCAAAACUUACUCGCGCUAAGGCUCGUCAAUUGAAUAAACCACCAUUGAUAGCUCUUCCUUCCCUGAUGGAGCAACAGCCCUCAGAAAUAGCAACCCUUAUUCAAGAAGAUCUACAUUCCGAUGAGGAAGACGAAGAGUACACAUUUAAGGAUGAAGACUUUGCUUCCGAUGAUGAUCCAAAUUUGACUUCAUCUGAUAUGGAAUCGCAACCUCGAACUCCAAUGGAAUCUAAUCAAUCUCAGGAAUCCCCACAAAAGUUCUCCGAUGAUGGGGUUUUUAAGGUUCCCCGUGAAAUUGAAGGGGAAGCCGUUGGUGGCGAUGAAAUAAUUGCAACGAGAACUAGGUCAAAGUUUUGCCUUCAACAGACCACAAUUGAGGACCUCCAAUCAGAAUUCAUUCCACCUGAUGACCAUCUUGAUGUGGGGGACACCGAAAUGUAUGGAAAUGAUCAGGAAUGGAUGGAGUUUCUUAACACUUUUUCAAAGCCUCUAAAUAAUAACUUUGUUGGAGAUGAUGAUGAUCCAGUAAAUGAUCCGGAGUAUGUGGCAGCGGAAAAAGUUCCAUUUGACGCAGAAGAGCUUCGUGAUGUAAACAUUUCAAAAAAAGAGCUUACCGAAUUGGUAGCGGAACUAUUUGAAGGUCUCCUAAAUGAAGGAGUCUGUAUGGAAAGCAUUGAGCUUGAGACUCCAAAGAAAUUCAUAGAAAACAAUAGAACGGCUUCUUCUAAGGAAAAUUCGCCAGACAAUUCCAUGAAUAUAGCCAACCAUCAGCUGGAUUUAGUUAACACAACUCAAACAGAGACUAUGGCUGAUACCAGUUUUUCACAUCACGCAAACUUUGUACAGUCCCAGGAAUUCACUUUUCAACCGGGAAUCAUGUCCACUCCUCAAGCAGAACCACAUAGGCCACGCACAAUGAAUGAUGCACUUUUCAUAAAAACAACUGAUAACUUGGCGCCUUGUCCUGAAUAUACAACCACCCCACAAGUUCUUCCAUCAUCUCAUGUCAAUGAUUCAUUCCAAUUGUCUUACACUGACCCAGCAUCUAGUUCAAAUCGUGUCGUUUUAACCCAAAACAUCGUACCAACAACUGACUUGCCGAAGACGGAAAGUGUCCCGGCAUGGGGACGAGACAAGUAUAUUCCCGCACAACGGUUGAUUCGAAGUGAAUAUGUUCAUAAAUUUGAAAAGCUCAAGCACGUAAAUGUCCAGGAAACGAACUUGUGUGAUGAACCCAUUGGAUUUACCAAUCAACAAUAUCAGAUUCUUCAGCAACAGCUUAGGCUUCAUGUGCAAUUCUGUACGCAGAAUUUUUUUCAAACCUAUUCGCAUCCAGAUUUGUGGAAACAUGCAGCUCCUCAGAAGCAAAUGCUCUUGGAAUUGGAUGAAAAAGCUAAAGACAAUUCUGCAUUUGCUGUGUGGAAUUUAAAGCCCGCCUUAGAAUUAGUAGAGGAAUGGGAAAAGGAAUUGGAGGUUGAUUCAGAAGAAAAUUCUCGUAUGAUGAAGUUCAUAUAUAAGGAAAUGAGAAGAGCAUCCGGAACAAACUAUCAAAUAUCCCGUUUUUCUCCGCGAAUUAUGAAAAAACUGCUUUCCAGUCCAGCAAUAAUGUAUCCAGAUUAUAUGCCGAAAAUUCCCUUUGCUGCGCAAAAAAUAAGUUUUCAACCCUUUGCACCUGCCGAAUCAAUCCUAAUUGCAAUGGGUCUAGAGAGAUUUUAUAAUGACGCCCUUAAGAAAAAUUGCACGACUCGCCGAGAAACACCCAUGUAUAUUGUGUGUGAAAGAAUUGCAAGAACUUUAACUUGUGGCAAGAAGCCACGACGUCUGCAAGACCAUAUUAAUUAUUUAAGAAAAGCUGAUACUUAUAAUCCUAUCAAAUAUUAUUUUGAACAUCAAAAAGCUCCACCUGUUGAACAUAAUCUUCAAUGGAUAGAUUAUUCAAAUAUUUUGCCACCAAUUCAGAGAAUAGCCGAAUUGCCUUUGAUAUGGCAAGACUUUCUUCAUGUGCUUAACGCAGGUGGUAUUAUUAACAAUACCUAUCCCGAGAAUUACAUAAGUUACGUAAAAGAAAUAACUGGCGAACAAAUCGAUUUUCCAUCGCCUGGAUGUGGAUCGACCAAAUUUGGAAACAGGUCUGUAAAAUGGUCCAAGUCCCAGAAGCACGAAGACAAGGAAAAAGAAAAGGAAAAUGAGACUCCAACUGUGACGAUAAAUAUAAAUUACGUAUUUGGACAAGUUCCAGAAAUCGUACCUGUCUAUAACGAAAUCCAAUCUGCGACAAGUCUCUUGGACGAUAUCCAAUCGAAUAAUAUUUCUGCUGUUCCAUCGCCUCUAAAGAAUACCACAAACACUUCAACUACUACCACAACUCCUGAGCGACAAAAGAAACUGACUGAUUACUUUUCAAUUCAAAAAAAGGACAAGAUUAAAGAAAUUGACAGCCCUAAGUCACACCGCCCCAGAAAUUCCAACAAAUCCAGAUUUCGUUUGAAAACAAAGUAUUCGCCUUCGUAUUUCAGUAAGAAGCUUCAAGCGACUGCUAAGAAAUUCCGCUCAGCAAAGAAUCUCCAGAAACGAUAUGAAAACCUUCUAUCGGCCUACAGAUUGAAUUUGGAGAAUGAGUUCCUAAGCUACAAACAUCGCGGACUUCGAUUCAUCUUCCGCAACUUUAAGGCACUUGAGUUGUAUACAAAUUUGUUGAGAGACUUGAAGAUGAACUGCAAAAAACCCAAACCGACUGAAGAAAUAGCUGGCAAGCGGAAGCCCACCGAAGAGCAGGAUGUUCCCAAGAGUCGCAGGGCAAAUAGACAGGAGGAGAAUUUGCGUCACAUGUUACUGCCAGAUAGUGCAGAGGAUGCCAACCGAAAAGAUGCAAUUUAUGCGUUUAACUUUUAUGAAAAAGUUGAAGAGGUACUUAAACAAUCGAAAAGGCCAGAAGACUGCAAAAAAUUUAACUACAUUUUGAGAUCAUUCAAUCCAAAGAAAGACAAAGUUUCAGAGUUGUAUUAUAAACUGGAGAAGCUCUUUGUGCCCGAUCAUCCUGAGCUAGCUCAUGUGUUCCUUACAUUUCUCUUGCCCCACGAAGCAGCAGCUAUUGGAAAGUUUUUCGAGCAUUUUAUGUACACAAAUGCCGGAACGUUUUUCAGCAAAUUAAACGUUUACUUCAACAAGCAACCAGCACAAAUAAGAAAAAUCUACGCGUGCUUUAGUGAAUUGUCUAGUGAUCCUGACGUUAAUGUUGAAAAAAUGAAAACGAAGAUUUUUCCCCUUCUCAAGGGUAAUAACUUCCUCAUUGAUUGGUUUACACAACUGUUUGCAUCCGAACCACCGCCGGAUAGAUUGUAUAGUUCAGCAGAAAACACCAAUUUGAAAGAAAUAACGUCACAUCAAACAGGCGAUUACGUGGAAACACUUCAUACUAACGAUCUUUUGGAUUCACCGACGGAAUCCCAAACCUGCCAGUUAAAAUACAUCAAUGGCAGGAUAUGCUAUGGCACUAAGAUUCCACUACCUGCUAAGUUGUCGUUUAUAGCCAAAAGCUAUCAGGCCGAUGAACUCAAUGAAUCGUUGGAGGAUGAGACUUACAGCCCCACGGAAAGUGGCUGUGUUCAUGGUAUUCGGGAGUACGGAGAGAAAAGACUUUCUGCAUCGAUAAAUGAUUACAGCAGCGAUGACAAUGACAAAUCCGAGGAUGAGGAUUUUAAGGCUCUGGUUAAGGAUGCAAAUGAAAGAAAGGAUGCAAUUGAAAUUUGCGAUGAUAUCACGUUGCGUGCCCAUGCAACACGACUCAACCCAUCUUAUUAUUCUAACAGUUACUAUAAUUCCACGUCGAGUAACCCACAAAGCAGUUGCCAUCGUCCACUUAAACUGGCAUCGCUAGCAGUCGAAGAUGGAAAAUGUUCUCCACGAAAAAUACACAAGGCAAGUCCAUCGGCAACCGUAACCAGUAGUGUGGUGUUACCAAUAAAAGAAAGACGUAAAUCUCCUAAGAAAAAUCUUAUUAGAUCUCCUGUAUCGGCCGGUUGUAAACGACCUGCUGAUGCUUCUUCAAAAUCAAAUGCUAUAGCCACAGCGAAGAAACUUAAAAAUCUCAUUGAAGAAGAAUCUUCUGCGGAUCCCGAUGGCACAAAAAAGAAGUUAGCACAAAAGAAAAGAGAAGAGGAAGACUCACCACAAAUACAAGUUCAGUCAAAAGAUGAUGCUAAACUUUCUCCAAAAAAAGAAGACGUAAAAGCUGAAAGUGCCCUACCAUGGACACGAGAUGAGGAUAAAGUGAUACUUGAAGAAAUUAAGUCGGGAUUCAAAGAUCAGUUGCUGUAUGAACGAAUAAAAGCAAAAAUAACUAACCGUACUUUGUUGGAAAUUGAGGAACGACAUAGGUUUUUAAUGGAUUUUCUUUCUAAGUUGCAGACAAGUAAAUAGUUUUUCUAAAAACACAUUUAUUUCCUUAAGUUAUUUUUAAAAAAAGUAUACUAUACACAAACCUAAAUAUAGGUGCAUUUUUCAUAAUCAUACAUAAUAAUAAUAAUAAUAAUUGAUAUUAUUUUCUUAUGCUGUUAAUUCAUGUUAUUUAUAUUCUUAUGAGGUUAAUUAAAUGAAAACGAAAACGUAAAUUA